CCAAACCUUCAACGUCUUCCUCCGUUUCCUCUCCCAUAUCCAUCUGCUUCUCAACCACCACCACUGCUACCAGCAUCCAUCUCUACGCAUCAUCUGCUAGAAUCCAGCAUUCACGAUCUCGGAUCAACCACAAAUCUUCAAUUUUUUCCCUCACCAACCCACAAACCAUCAAAAUGACUGGAGGCGGCAAAUCCGGCGGCAAGGCCAGCGGUGCCAAGAACUCUCAAUCCCGUUCUUCUAAGGCCGGUUUGGCUUUCCCUGUCGGUCGUGUCCAUCGUCUCCUCCGCAAGGGCAACUACGCUCAACGUGUCGGUGCCGGUGCUCCUGUCUAUCUCGCUGCUGUUCUCGAGUACUUGGCUGCCGAGAUUCUCGAGUUGGCUGGCAAUGCCGCCCGUGACAACAAGAAGACACGUAUCAUUCCCCGUCAUCUUCAGCUUGCCAUCCGAAACGAUGAGGAGUUGAACAAACUUCUCGGCCACGUCACCAUUGCCCAGGGUGGUGUACUUCCCAACAUUCACCAGAACUUGCUACCCAAGAAGACCGGAAAGCCCGGUAAGAAUGCUAGUCAAGAGUUGUAAUGUGGAUGCGUUGAUUUCUGUUGUUUUCUAGUUGGUCGUUUGGGAUGCUUCAUGAACCACGGGGUCACGGCUGGGCACGGUUUUGCUUUUUCAUGCGUACGGGUUGUACAUUACACAUAAUCCAUUGGUACAUGGAUACGAAUGAGCACAAUUGAGAACAAAUUUCUAAACUAUUCAUUCUCCUUGUUUCACAGUGAUUUGCCAAAUGGUUCAACGCUUGCGAUAAUGUCGAUAUCUGAAGCAGUUUCUCGCGGGCUUUGGGUUGGGUGGCAGAUAUGUAUGGCGUUUACGCAUGAUGGUGAUUAACAUUCCUUCACAGUUCAGGGAAAGCCAGA